AAUCGCAGUAGGCAAGCUCCUUACCUACAGUUAACUGUGUACUAUAUGCAAAUAUAUUAUGUGUUUCUGUAUAUAAAUGUAAAGGACAAUGCAUAAUCGCUCCAAGAAGCCUGUGUGGGCGCUGCUCAAGAUAUUCGAGAUCGUUAUCAGCUCGGUUUGCUGCUAUACGCACAUGGACUGCUAUAUAAACCAUGGGAUGCCGAACAGUUUUAUAUUGUGCGCUACCUACGCAAGCGGCCUCAUUAUUGGCUGUCUAAGCUUAAUAGGAUCUUUUUUCUACGAACGAGUCGCGGUGCGGGCCGAGGCUUUAAUCAGUGCUAUAUUGGGGACGUUGAACAUGGUUACCGUCUACGUGCACAUGUAUUUGCUGCAACAUAACGAGCUACUGCCGUUUCUGAGGGAAAGCGAGCGACAAACAUACGACUUUGUAGUCUGUUGCAAAAACAAUGCCACUUGGGCCUGGUUUGCCGUAGCAAUCUAUUACCUGCACUGCACUUUUGCUCUGGACGUGAUUUGCUAUCGGGAGAAAAAUACGGAUACCGUGGUGCGCAGCAAGCGCCGAAUUAAAUUAUAUUUUGUAAGCAAGCAAUUUGAGCAAUAUGUUAGCCGUUUUCGUUGGUUUAAAUUGCUCUCAGUCAACAUAACGCAAGGCACCGCGGCGGCCAGUGGGAAAAGAGUAUUACAUGCACUGCUUAAGAUUUAAACACUUCUCUUUACG